AUGGGUCAAGGAAAGCAGCAGCAGGAGCAGCAGGAGCGCCUGCAGGCUCAUGUCUCCGGGCAGGCUAACAAGCCCAUGUCGGCACCUGCGCAUGCCUUGAGCUAUGCCGAUGUUGAGAGAGAGCUGCAAGUCGACCAUGAAGUUGGCCUGACUCCAGAGGAGGCCAAAACCCGUUUGGAUGUCUACGGUCGCAACGAGUUUGGCAAGCAAGAUGGUGUUCAGCCGUUCAAGAUCUUUAUUGGGCAAAUUGCCAACGCAUUGACUCUGGUCCUCAUCCUCGCCAUGGUUGCAUCCUUUGCCAUCAAGUCCUGGAUCGAAGGCGGUGUCAUUACCGCCGUCAUUGUCCUCAACAUUGUUGUCGGCUUCCUCCAGGAGUUCAAGGCUGCCAAGACCAUGGACUCGCUGCGUUCGCUCAGCUCCCCCACCGCCCAAGCCGUCCGUUCCGGAUCCAACCAGACUGUAGUUACCGCCGAGAUUGUGCCCGGUGAUGUCGUCGAGCUCAAGACCGGCGACACUAUCCCCGCAGAUAUUCGUCUCGUCGAGGCCGUCAACUUUGAAACCAACGAGGCUCUGCUCACCGGCGAAUCCCUACCCGUCCGCAAGGAGACGGCCACCAUCUUUGCCCCCGACACUGGCCCCGGUGACCGUCUCAAUGUUGCCUACUCGUCGUCUACCGUGACAAAGGGUCGCGCCAUCGGUGUCGUCUUUGCCACUGGAAUGUUUACUGAAAUCGGUCAGAUCGCCGUCGCUCUCCGUGGCAAGGCCUCUCGCCGUCGUGAGCCCAAGAAGAGGCGCGAGGAUGGUUCUGCCAGCUUCCACCGCUGGCUCGAGGCCUGGGGUCUUACCUUUUCCGAUGCUGUCGGUCGCUUCCUCGGUGUCAACGUCGGAACGCCUCUGCAGCGCAAACUCUCCAAGCUCGCCCUUCUGCUUCUCGGUACCGCUAUAAUCUGCGCCAUCAUCGUUCUCGGCGCCAACAGUUUCAGCAACAGCCAGGAGGUCAUCAUCUACGCCGUCGCCACUGGUCUUUCCAUGAUCCCGGCCUCGCUCAUCGUUGUUCUCACCAUUACCAUGGCCGCUGGUACCAAGCGCAUGGUUCAGCGUCACGUCAUUGUCCGCAACCUCAAGUCUCUCGAGGCCCUGGGCGCGGUUUCUAAUAUAUGCUCGGACAAGACUGGAACCCUCACUCAGGGUAACAUGAUUGUCAAAAAGGCCUGGAUUCCCGGCCGGGGCACCCUCUCGGUCGGCACUACCAGCGAGCCUUUCAACCCUACGGUUGGCGAUAUUGGCUUGAAGCCUGAGCAGCCCAAGGACAUUAAAUUCAGCACCGAGGACUCUGAAGGUGACUCCAUCAACACUGCCGAACUGCCCACCAAAGAUGAGACUAUCCGUGAAUACCUCAAUGCCGCCUCUCUUGCCAACCUUGCUGCCGUCCAGCAGGUCGAGGGCGAGUGGCAGGUCCGUGGUGACCCCACUGAAAUUGCUAUCCAGGUCUUUGCCUCGCGCUUCAACUGGAACCGUUUUCGCCUCUCCCAUGGCAAGGAUGCCGAGUGGGCCGAGGUUGCUGAAUUUCCCUUUGACUCUGAUGUCAAGAAAAUGUCCGUAAUUGUUGAGCACAAGCCCACUGGCAAGCAGCACCUUUAUACCAAGGGCGCUGUUGAGCGUGUUCUCACCUCUUGCCUGCACUACGUUGACGGCGACAAGAUGACGGAGCUUACCAACGAAGUCAAGGAAGACACUCUCCGGAACAUGGAAGCCCUCGCUCGUCUCGGCCUGCGUGUUCUCGCUCUCGCUAGCCGAAGCGACAUCCCCCACGUCAAACACAACGAGGCCGAGCUCGAGCGCGGCGACUUUGAGCAGGAUCUUGUCUUCCGCGGCCUCAUUGGUCUCUAUGAUCCCCCUCGUCCCGAGUCUGCACCGUCUGUCCGCCAAUGUCAUGAGGCUGGAAUCAGCGUCCACAUGCUCACUGGUGACCAUCCUGAGACUGCUCGUGCCAUUGCUCUGGAAGUCGGUAUUCUGCCCUCGCGCAUCUCUCAAGUCGCUGCUGAUGUGGCCCGUACCAUGGUCAUGGCUGCCUCCGACUUUGACAAACUAACUGAUCAGGAAAUUGACAACCUCCCCAUUCUGCCACUCGUUGUUGCUCGCUGCGCUCCCCAGACCAAAGUUCGCAUGAUCGAGGCGCUUCAUCGUCGCAAGGCCUUUGUUGCCAUGACUGGCGAUGGCGUCAACGACUCGCCUUCCCUCAAGCGUGCUGAUGUUGGUAUUGCGAUGGGUCAGGCUGGCUCUGACGUGGCCAAGGAAGCUUCUGAUAUCGUUCUCACCGACGAUAACUUUGCUUCUAUUCUCAACGCCGUCGAGGAAGGUCGCCGCAUGUUUGACAAUAUUCAAAAGUUUAUUCUGCAUGUCCUGGCUGAGAAUAUUGCCCAGGCUUGUACUCUUCUCAUCGGUCUUGCCUUUAAGGAUUCUCGCGGUAUCUCGGUCUUUCCCCUUGCCCCCGUGCAAAUCCUUUGGAUCAUCAUGAUUACCUCUGGUAUGCCUGACAUGGGUCUUGGCUUUGAGAUUGCGGCGCCCGACAUCAUGCAGCGUCCUCCUCAAAACCUCAAGCAGGGAGUGUUCACGCCCGAGCUACUUGUUGACAUGGUCGUCUAUGGUCUAUGGAUGGCCGCGCUCUGCAUCUGCUCGUUCAUCGUUGUCCUCUAUGGCUUCGGCCGCGGCGCCGCCGAUCUGGGCGACGACUGCAACAACACCUACCACGAGAGUUGCAAGGUCGUCUUCCGGGCCCGCGCGACCACCUUUGCCUGCCUGACUUGGUUUGCUCUCUUUCUCGCCUGGGAAAUGGUCAACCUGCGCCGCAGCUUUUUCCGCAUGCAACCCAAGAGCAAGCGCUACUUUACGCAGUGGAUCCUGGAUGUCUGGCGCAACAAGUUCCUCUUCUGGUCCAUCAUUGCCGGCUUCGUCACCAUGUUUCCCAUCAUCUACAUCCCCGUGAUCAACACCGUGGUCUUCAAGCACGCUCCCAUUUCUUGGGAGUGGGCUGUCGUCUUCAUCGAGGCCAUCCUCUUCUUCCUCGGCAUCGAGACUUGGAAGUGGGCCAAGCGCAUCUACUUUCGCCGCCAGGCGCGCAAGCACAUGACCGACCGAAAGGGCGAUAUUGAGGAGCGCGUCUUUGGGCACUACUUCCGCACCAACACACAGAGCAGCAGCGGCGACGAGGCCUUGCUCGAAAAGAACCAGCGCAAGACUGCCGGAGCUCAAUAA